CAGAUUUUUCUGUCAUCUGUAUUCUGUCAGAUCAGACCAAAGAUCAGACCUGUCAUGAUUGAUGUUUCCGGGUUUUUCGGCGGGAAACGGGAACGGGACAGUUGCUUUCUUCAUUGAGUAAUCUAAAUAAUUAAUACGAAGUGGUGUUUUGUGGUUAAUGAUCGCAUUAAGUUAGUCGGAAGACAUUCGCGAGUGUUAUUAUAUUGGAGUAUUCUCAAUAAACAAAGUGUAUCUGCCUAUUUUCGCUUCGUGCCGGGAAGCCGCUUCAUAACUCAAAAGUUUAUGCGGACUUUUGAGUUAAUUCGUUUGGGGUUCGGAGUAGGAGUCUACUCCGAGGGUGGGGGCUUAGGUUUCAUCAUCAUCACCUUUCAUCAUUUCAUUAAUCAUCAAGAAAAAAAAUACGUCAGACAUGGCUGUAUGGGCAUAGUUCCCUUUGCCUUACCCUUCGGGGAAAACCAAAACAAAAACAAAAAUGAUGUUUCCGUCAAUUCCGUCAUUAAAUUAAAUUUGGUUUAUUUUACUUAACUUAUGGAUUUAUUUCUACUAUAUAUUGCAGUGUUUUCAUUUUAAUGUGAAACGGUGAAUUAACUGCAAUAAUUAUGUCUUCUUCUAAUAUAUUCGAUAAGGGCCCGAAAAAAGAUGGAUCUCUCCCGUAUAAGUGUCGUGAAUAUACGAACAAGAUUUCUGUGAAUCUGCACCAUUUCAAAAGGGACGGUAGGUUUUGUGAUAUAGACCUUAUUUCAGGAAAAACUAGAGUCAAGGCUCAUCGUGUAGUACUGGCAGCUAGCUGUGCUUAUUUUGAUGCUAUGUUCAGUGUGGGUCUGGAAGAAAGCCAAAAAGGUCAUGUGGCAUUGCCAAGUGUACCCCCUGACAUCCUGCCUAUGAUAAUUGAUUUUAUUUACACAGGUGAAGUAAUGAUAGACAAGGCUACAGUACAACAUCUACUAAUAGCUGCUGAUAUGCUGCAAUUGAGAGAACUAGUAACUGGGUGUGGAGAAUUUCUCAGAAGAGAGUUACACCCUUCAAAUGCUCUUGGAAUAUUUAGGUUUGCUGAAGCACACAACUGUCGGGAGCUGGCAGAGGAAGCAUUAGACCAUGCACAAGCAAACUGGAACAUAGUGGCCAGUGGAGAUGAACUACUUGAGUUGCCUCUGCCUCAGUUAAUUACUUUAUUGUCUUCAGAACAACUGAAAGUGGAUAGCGAAGCUCAGGUGUUAUAUCCAGCUCUGCGAUGGCUGGAACAUGACCCGGCGUGUCGUAGGCGCCAUUGUUUUGAAGUCCUGAGCCACGUUCGUCUUCCCUUGAUAGCACCGCAAAUAUUAGACGAAGCCAUCAAAAAUGUACAAGAUCCAUCAAUCGCAGUGGCCUUAAAAACUGUUAGAGUUGACAUGAAAACGGGUCGAGGUGCUUUAGUAGCGUUGGCUGCGGAGCCGAGAGCGCGCGCGCGCAGAAUGCUGCUGUUGGCGGGUGGUUCCUGCCACGACUCGGCGGCCCACCCCCCGCUCUCUUCCGACAAUAUACUCUCUUCGGUGCUCAAGUUUGAUUUACACAAGCGGGAAUGGGAAGAACUGGCACCAAUGGGUAUAGCUCGCAUCCAGCCCGGAGUCGCAACCCUCGGAGGCCGAGUAUAUGCUGUGGGUGGCGAGCAGGGCAGUCAGAUUCUCGCUAAUGGAGAGGUUUAUGAUCCACAGACUGACAAAUGGUCCAACAUUGCACCAAUGAAGGAAGCUCGCUGCGAAUUUGGGUUGACCGGGUGGAAUGGCAACCUCUUCGCUUUCGGUGGAUGGGUGGGAUCGGACAUGGGGGCUUCGGUCGAGGUAUACGACCCUAUAACGGACGAAUGGACCCUCACCGGUCGAAUGCGAGAGCCCAGAUUUGGAAUGGGUGUUGUUAAUUUUGACGGGUUAAUAUACGUAGUAGGCGGGUGUACCCACACGUGGCGCCACACGCGGGACUUGCUGUGCUACCACCCCGCGUCCCGCAAGUGGCAGGAGCUGACGCCGAUGAGGCACGCGCGCAGCCAGGCCGCCGCCGUGGUGCUCGACAACUACCUGUACGUCAUCGGCGGGAACACGUCGCAGCGGACCGUGCUCACCUCCGUCGAGAGAUAUAGUUUCGAUGACGACUCUUGGGAAGAAGUGGCGAGCCUGAAGUUCGCGCGCGCGGGGUGCGCGGCGGGCGCGGCGGAGGGCGUGGUGGUGGCGGCGGGCGGCGACAGCGAGAGCGGCGGCCAGCGCGCCUUCUACCGCGCGCGCACCACGCUGGCCAGCGUCGAGGUGUACGACCCGCGCGACGACCGCUGGCGGCCCGGCCCGCCGCUGCCGCACUCGCGGGCCGAGGCCGGCGCCGCGCUGCUCUGACGAAAGUCUCCCCUUCGCAGCCGGGAGCUCCGGUCGGACCGAGGUACAAACUAAAUUAACUCGACGAUUACGGUUAGGGGCGUAAUUUUCUAUUUUAAAUGUAAAACAUUUCUUCUUUCACUUUUCGAAACUCGAUUCGGUUUAGAUUUGCAAUGAUUAAUUACCUUUCUGGAGAUUGUAUGUUACCUUGUGACUACGGUUCUUCUUCUAAUUUUCUUUGCUCUAUCGUCUCUAAGCUUGUGAGAUGGGUUUCGUAGGUUUCAGGCUUAGAGCAACACGGGAAAGGAGUAGACAUGCGCAGACGUUCCCCUCUGCGAACCUGUAUGUCCCCGGGACAGGUAGUUCUAUAAAAACUAGUUGCAGUCGCCCUGCGCACUAGACUGAAUCUAGGUGCGUAGCUGAAACGACGUCAUUGAAAAAUACCUAAUUGUUCGUUAUUUCGUUGCAAAAAGGAAUCUUUGGCUCCAUAUUUUAGUAAUUUUAUAUCACAUUAUUAGCAUUUAAUUCUCGUAAAACUUCCGUCCUGUUGUGUACGGAUUUGUUGACCAACAUGCUUCAUACAUUAUGCGGAUUACUCAAACGACUAUGAGCGAUUGUUUUCUAGUUGUCAAGGAGAUUGUAGUUGUCACUUUCAUCGAGCGCUAUUGAUUUAUAAAUAGAUAGUUAUCGAUAGAAAUGUCAUAGACAAAGGAGUCUACAUAUCGUCGCCUCAUAGUAAAACUAAGAAAGCGCCCUUUAUUAAAAUCAUAUUCGGAUAUGAUUUAUGUUAAUAAAACCUCGCUAUCACAGUUAGACAGUCUCGUUUCAAUCCAGGUCAAAAUUUGUAGUCCCAAUUUUUCACUGGAUUAUGUAUGCCAAUUACAUUUCCUUUCUUCCAUUGCGGUCGAAAGUCGAAAUACGCAGUUGCUCAUGGCGACUUUGAAUAUAGAGUCGUACUUUAACGUACUAAGCAUUUUUCCUUGUUUUACCUGUCAUUUCAUCAAUAUUAUUUCCUACACUCCAUUUUUGCCAAUUUUACUAUUCUAUCAUAAUUUAAACCUGGGACAGGAAGAGGAUAAUGCAAAAUUAUUUAAUAAUUCAUAAUGAUUAAAGUAAUAAUUGAGGAGCUCGAUGGCGCAGCGGUAAACGCGCUCGGUCUGCUAUUGUUGAAGUUAAGCAACUUUCGCAAAGGCCGGUCAUAGGAUGGGUGACCACAAAAAAGAUUUGUCAUUAGCGCAUCGCUGACGGAAGCUAGUUCAAAAAAAAAAAUAACGCUAAAGCUACUCCUGUCCGGUCCACCACACGCCCGUGUUGCUCUAUGGUUUUAGGUAAAAUAACUUUUGUCUUCCAACUUUUCUAGCGACAAAUCAUAUCUGAGUCCUAAAAUAAUUUACUUUCAAGCGCAGUUAGUGUGAAGUAAAAAGCUAAUAAUGCAUUACUUGCGUUACAAAAGCGCUAAAGAAAGAAAUAAAUGAAAACAAAUACGAAUGGAUAACUUUAUAACGGUGAAAGAAUUCGAGGGUAGAGUUCAGUCUAUUAAUAACACAGAUUAAUAGGCACUUGAAAGAUUCAAGCGACUUAUGCACUGCCAAGCAGUUAGCACUUUCUAUAUUAUUCUCUGUAAUGCUAAACAAUAAAAUACAUAUACAAGUAUUAUGUUUAGAUUGCAAUCAGGGAACUUUGUUAACGGUAUAAAUGAAUUCCAAUUUGUUUGAGAUAAAAUAUAUGUUAUAAUUAAUGCCAAAUUAUAUACAUUGCUGUUUCCAAGAUUUUUAAGGACUAGACUGAGAUACAACUAGAAUUAGUGUCUGGCAAUGAAUCUUUAGAAAUUACCUCUUAAUUAGAAAAUAAUUUUGUUCUUAAUUACUACACACAUAUUUCUGUAAAAUAUGAAUAAUUUAAGUGUACGGAAAUAUAACUGGUAAAUGUCCGCGGCUCGCUUUUUGUUGUGCUUGUUUUCUCAUUUUAUAUUUCUCAAAAUUAUGUAUUAAUCAAGUAUAUACUUACUAUUUAGUUAUUUUAUUAUUUACAGAACAGGACUUCCAAAACUUUCUAUUGUCAACAAUUACUUGUCGCAUGCUUUUAUUGUAGUAGGAUUUACAAAUGACUGAGUAUAUUAUUAUGUAAGCAGCCUUGAUGCAGGCUGAAGCAUAUAUUUAUAAUUUAUACCGUGUGAUAUUAAUAAAUACGAAUCAAGUAGAUGUAAGAAUUAAUCUAAGUAUUAAAUAUUUUUAUAAUUAA